AUGUCACCUUUAAUUGCCCACCGCCCUCCGCUCGAGGCCGUAGCCGAGUCGGAGUCCUAUACCGACAGACCGACGAGAGGUGGCCCAAGGAAAUUUUAUGAACUGAAGGUUCUGCAACAACCCGAGCGUGCGCGAGCAUGUGCUGCCGCCGACCGUCGUCCUGUCGACCCACCUCCCGUUGUACAGCUGCAUGUUUACGAGGGCCCCACGAGAGAAGAAGCGCGAGAUAUCACUUUCAGCUACAAGGCAAACUUCUUCCUGUUCGCCGAACUCUGCCCUGCUCGCCCCAUGGCUCAUGGGCGCGUCAAUACCCCCGCUGCGGCCCUGGCUCCCGUGUUGACGGGUAUGCCUGUGUCCGGGAUGGCCUACCUGGACCGACCUACCGAAGCUGGCUACUUUUUGUUCCCCGACCUGUCAGUUCGGCAUGAGGGACGCUACGUCCUGGUCUUUCAUCUCUACGAGGAUAUUAAGCAGGAUGAGGACCGCGAUCCCGAAGGUGAUUCGUCCGACGAGGCCAUCAAUCCGAGCUUUCUGUACAGAAUGGCCGUCAAGUCUGUGCCUUUCAGUGUCUUUAGCGCCAAGAAGUUCCCAGGUCUUACAGAGAGCACGAGCCUGAGCAAGACCAUAUCGGAGCAGGGCUGCCGUGUAAGAAUCCGUCGCGACGUUCGUAUGAGGAGGCGUGACGGCAAACCCACCGGAAACGAAUUCGAGAACAACCCCGAGAAUGAGUACAGGAACGGCAGGAGGACGCAAACCCCCGAGAUACGAAGCAACGCCGAUCAAUACCGAGCUCGAUCGUCUAGUAACAGCAGCGAACACCGCGCUGCAUACCCGUCGGUCCCUGAGCGGAGGCCUUCCAUUGUUGAGACGUUCCAGGCCCCGCCACCACCGCCGCCGCCCAUGUCGUACGGCCCGGCACCAUCGACCAAUGUUCAUCUGCGAUUUGGAUCCGAUGCCUCUAUUGCCCCGUACCCCCCUCACCAGUACGGUCAACCUGCGGUCCAGCCGCCGCCCAUUUCACCGACCACGGCUUCUUACCAAUCGAGCCAGCCUUCACCGUAUCACCCAAACUCCGGCUACGUCUACUCGAGUCGGCCCAGCUCGCAGUACGCAGCGAGCAACCCGCCGCCAACGCCACGCGAUUCCUACGACCGACGUCCAUCUGCCAUGGUGAUGCCGCCAUCCCCUUCCGUCUAUGGCUCUGCUCACGGCCCCAAGGACAUGGACAUGGCCAGACGUGAGCCUGGCUACAGGAGAGACUCGCUCCCCCCUCGGCAGCUGGCCCCUGUGUCAGAGACCCCCUCUCAGAUGGGCACCAAGCUUCCGCCCAUGCUUCCCUCCAUCGAGAGGCUUACGUCGGUGCCCUCUCACUUGACAGGCCGUACUGACCCCAUUGAGGCUGCUCCUGCUUCGAUGUAUAACCAGUUGCCGGAGGUUGCCCGUGCAGGCGCUAAGCGCGGCUACGGAGAUACGUUCGCCGAGGACACGCGUCCUCUGUUUGACAGACAACGCCAACAGGACGUCCACCACGACGUCCACCACGCCAGUGCUCUUUACAAUCAACGCUUCUUACCGACAGAAAACAUGGAGUACAAGCGUGCUGAUGGCUCAUGCAAGCUUAGGCAAAACAACUCGUAUUUGCCUUGA